AUGAACUUCAGGGAGCUGCGCUUCGCCCGUGCCAUGGAGUUCACCAUCCAGGAGAUCAACAACAGAACAGAUUUUUUGCCCGGAAUCACGUUAGGAUACCAGAUACACGACUCGUGCGCUGAAGUACCGAUGGCUGUUAAAGUUGCACUUCAGUUUGCAAACGCUGCAGCUGUUCCUGCUCUCGUGGGAGAUUCUGUUUCCACUUCUUCAAUUAGCGUCACAAGAAUGCUGGGUCUUUUUGGAAUUCCACAGGUGAGUCACUACGCAACCUGCGCAUGUCUGAGCGAUAAACGUCAGUAUCCUGCCUUCUUCAGGACCAUACCUAGUGACCACCACCAAGCGGCCGCACUAGCAAAAAUCGUCAAGCAUUUUGGCUGGACAUGGAUUGGGGCAGUGCGCAGCGAUACAGACUAUGGAAAUAUUGGAAUGGCUUCGUUUCUAAAGGCUGCGCAAGAGGAGGGCAUCUGCGUGGAGUACUCUGAGGUGUUUUACAGAACAGAACCGCGCAGUAAACUGGAGCGAGUGGCAAACGUCAUCCGCAGAUCAACAGCCCGGGUAAUAGUAGCGUUUCUUGCCUCAGGCGAAAUGAGAGUUCUCUUAGAAGAACUGACAAGGCAGCCGCCGCCUCCCCUUCAAUGGAUCGGCAGCGAUGCGUGGAUCACCCAUCCAGAGUUUCUGCGCUUUAACAUGUGCGCUGGGGCGAUAGGUUUUGGGGUCCCCCGCUCAGUGAUUCCAGGUCUUCGUGAGUUUCUUCUGGAUCUCUCUCCAGCACAAGCACUGAAAUCGCCUCUGCUAACGGAGUUUUGGGAGAGCUCGUUCAGCUGUAGCCUAAAAGGCUCCUCCGAGGGCGCGCGGGAAUGUGACGGCAGCGAGGAUAUCAGCGCGCUGCAGAACCCAUAUACGGACACUUCGCAGCUGCGCGCUACUAACCUGGUGUACAAAGCUACGUAUGCCAUAGCGCAUGCCAUCCACGGUGUUAUCUGUAAUGACACGCAGUGCGACAAGAGCGCAAAAUUCACACCAUGGCAGAUACUCGACCACCUCAAGAAAGUGAACUUCACUACCAACAAUGGUUUUCAGGUCUCGUUUGAUUCUAAAGGUGAUCCUGUGGCCGUCUACGAGCUCAUAAACUGGCAGGUUAAGAAAGAUGGUGGUUUGGAUUUUGUGACUGUGGGCCACUAUUACUCAUUCAAACCAAGAGGCCAGGAGUUCAGUAUGAGCAGAGCUAUCAGCUGGAUGGGAGGACAGACCGAGGAGCAGAAACAGGAGGUGCCCGGAGCGCUGGAGCAGGAACAGGAGGCAUCCGGAGUGCAGGAACAGGAGGCCUCUGGAGUGCAGGGGCAGGAACAGGAGGUAUCCGGAUCACAGGAGCAGGAACAGGAAGCGCCCGGGUCGCAGGCUACAGAGCACAUCAUGCAGCUCACUUCGACUUUACUGAUAUUUGUAUCAGUGCUGUGGAUAAAUGGACUCAGACCAAUAGCAUGUAAAGCUGAUCCGGUCAGCUGCAGACUGUGGUCCGAGCCGCAGAUGAUUGGUAUUUAUAUGAAUGGAGAUUUUGUGAUUGGGGGGCUUUUCUCCAUUCAUUACAACCUGAGAUCAGAGCAGAACAACUACACCAGACCGCCACUACAACCACAGUGCUCUGGGAGCAUGGAUUUCAGGCAACUGCGCUUCGCUCGUUCCAUGGAGUUCACCAUCCACGAGAUCAACAACAGAACGGAUCUCCUGCCGGGAAUCACGUUAGGAUACCAGAUACACGACUCGUGCGCUGCAGUGCCGAUGGCUGUUAAAGUUGCAUUUCAGUUUGCAAACGGCAUGGAACCAUUUUUCAAUGAUACUGAUUCUUGUUCAAAAUCUGCAGCUGCCGCUGUUCCUGCUGUGAUGGGAGAGUCUAAUUCCCCCGCCUCCAUUAGCAUGACCAGAAUGCUGGGUCUUUUUGGAAUUCCACAGGUGAGUUACUACGCAACCUGCGCAUGUCUGAGCGAUAAGCGUCAGUAUCCCGCUUUUCUCAGGACUGUGCCUAGUGACCACCAUCAAGCGGCCGCACUGGCAAAAAUGGUCAAGUAUUUCGGCUGGACAUGGAUUGGGGCAGUGCGCAGUGACACAGAUUACGGAAAUAAUGGAAUGGCAUCGUUUCUAAAGGCUGCGCAAGAGGAGGGCAUCUGUGUGGAGUACUCUCUGGUCUUCUACAGAACAGAUCCGCGUAGUAAACUGGAGAGAGUGGCAAACGUCAUCCGCAGAUCAACAGCCCGGGUAAUAGUAGCGUUUCUUGCCUCAGGCGAAGCGAGAGUUCUCUUAGAAGAACUGACAAGACAGUCGCCACCUCCCGUUCAGUGGAUAGGAAGCGAUGCGUGGAUCACCCAUCCGGAAUUUCUGCGCUUUAACAUGUGCGCUGGGGCGAUAGGAUUUGGGGUUCCCCGCUCAGUGAUUCCAGGUCUUCGUGAGUUUCUUCUGGAUCUCUCUCCAGCACAAGCACUGAAAUCGCCUAUGCUAAAGGAGUUUUGGGAGAGCUCGUUCAGCUGUAGCCUGACAGGCUCCUCCGGGGGCGCGCGAGAAUGUGACGGCAGCGAGGAUAUCCGCGCGCUGCAGAACCCAUAUACAGACACUUCGCAGCUGCGCAUCACUAACAUGGUGUACAAAGCUACGUAUGCCAUAGCGCAUGCCAUCCACGGUGUUAUCUGUAAUGACAAGCAGUGCGACAAGAGCGCUAAAUUUGCACCAUGGCAGAUACUCGACCACCUCAAGAAAGUGAACUUCACAACAAAGAAUGGCUAUCAGGUCUCGUUUGACUCCAGUGGUGAUCCUGUGGCCGUCUACGAGCUCAUAAACUGGCAGUUUAAGAAGGAUGGUGGUUUGGAGGUCGUGACUGUGGGCCAGUAUGACUCAUCCAAACCAAGAGGCCAGGAGUUCAGUAUGAGCAGAGCUAUCAUCUGGAUGGGAGGACAGACCGAGGUGCCAAGAUCUGUGUGCAGUGAGAGCUGUCCUCCAGGAACCAGGAAGGCUGUGCAGAAAGGAAAGCCAGUCUGCUGCUAUGACUGUAUACCAUGUGCAGAAGGAGAGAUCAGUAACAAGACAGACUCUCUGAACUGUGUGCGCUGCCCUUCUGAGCUCUGGCCCAACACCCACCGAGACAGCUGCCUCCCCAAACCUGUGGAGUUCUUGUCCUGGGAUGACACUCUGAGCAUCAUCCUGACAGCAUUCUCCCUCGCUGGGGCCUUCAUAGCUGUAUGUGUUGUUGUUGUCUUUUAUAAACACAGAACUUCUCCCAUCGUCCGAGCCAACAACUCAGAGCUGAGCUUCCUGCUGCUCUUCUCUCUGAUUCUAUGUUUCCUUUGCUCACUUACUUUCAUUGGUCAGCCCUCUGAGUGGUCCUGUAUGCUGCGCCACACAGCGUUUGGGAUCACCUUCGUCCUCUGCAUCUCCUGUGUUCUGGGGAAAACAAUAGUGGUGUUAAUGGCCUUCAGAGCUACACUUCCAGGCAGUAAUGUCAUGAAAUGGUUUGGGCCUCCACAGCAGAGACUCAGUGUUCUCACCUUCACUCUCAUACAAGUCCUAAUUUGUGUUCUUUGGUUGACAAUUUCUCCUCCUCUCCCCUUCAAAAAUUUAAAGCACUACAAGGAAAAAGUAAUUUUGGAAUGUGAAUUGGGUUCAACUAUAGGAUUCUGGGCUGUGCUGGGUUAUAUAGGAUUUCUGGCUCUUUUGUGUUUUAUUUUGGCUUUUCUAGCACGGAAGCUGCCUGAUAACUUUAAUGAAGCCAAGUUCAUCACAUUCAGCAUGCUCAUAUUCUGUGCAGUGUGGGUUACCUUUAUCCCAGCUUAUGUCAGCUCUCCUGGAAAGUUCACUGUAGCUGUAGAGAUAUUUGCUAUUCUGGCCUCAAGCUUUGGUUUGUUUAUUUGUAUUUUUGCUCCCAAGUGUUUCAUAAUCAUGUUUAGACCAGAUCAGAAUACCAAGAAACACCUUAUGGGUAAAGGACCCUCCUAG